AUGCAAUUAAACAAGACUUCGCCUUCUAUUCUUGCAGAUGUAAAGACACGUAAACGAAUCCUUUUAAGAGAGCCUACACCUCAUGAAUUACUGCUCCAAGGCCUAUGUGCUGGCACUUCAACGAUAGAAGAAUUGCGACAGAGCUCGGAUGAAGCUAUUAGCAGUAAAUCAGCCAAAAGCAGAGAUUUACACAAAUUGCUGCAGCUAAAAGCAAAAUUGGAUUUGCCCAGUGUCUCUCUUGAAACAAAAGCAAAAGCUGAAAGGAAUGCUCGUUCCCUUGAGGAAAAGCUAUCAAGCAUCGAGUCGCAUCGUAAAGUCCUAAAGAAGAUGGUAGCCGAAGAACAAGAGCUAAUAAAGCGGCUCGAUUCAAUGCAUACUGAUGAUGGCGAUAUUGAUAUGGAUAAUGUUGGCGUAAAUGAAUAUAGCUCAAACGAACAAUCAGCGUUAGACUUCGAUCAAGUAAAGAAUGAAAAGGCUUUGAAAAUUGAGGCCCUACCGCUGGAAUUGAGUGCACGUCGAAAUAUGAUAGAAGGCCGAACUGCAGAGAUAAAAGAGCAACAGGAAAUCGAGCAAACCCUAAGUCAAAUGAUCCUCCUCUCAACAGAACAUCACAAGUCGUUUUUGCAAGAACAAAUGUCAAAGUAUCGUCAGGAGUGGGAGGCUUUAGUGCUGGAGCAAGAUAGCCCUAGCGAGUCCACAUCGAUAAUCAAACGAGCAAUUAAGCCAAUGAGCAAAUCAAUCAUCAGACGAGCAACACAAGACAGUUUACCGUUGUUACAGAAAACCGCUAGACUACUGCACUCAGACCACCAAGGAACAGCUUCACCAAAUUUGAGGAAUGUUCCUCAAUUAUCUAGAUCUCUUUAUGAGGAAUUGCAGCCAUUAGUGUCAACAAUAGAGUCGAGUGCGUCCAGAACUGGCGUAUUUCCCCAUGUCUAUUAUAGAGCCUUAAAUUUUGUUCAGCAGAACGGUGAACAUCAGAAUCAAUCUACACCACAUCCCGAUCAACUCAGGGCCCUUUUUCCAAAAGGUGCACCUGCAGUCCCGAGUCUUUUCCAACCAAAUCAAGAAUCAAAGGUGAUGGCAUCCAUCUUACUGGAACUGGAAAGGCACAAUGAAUCCAUGGCCUUGGCGGAUUUGACUCAAUUUGUACAAGAUCUGGCUAAAGAACGAGGACAUUCGGAGCAAGAAGCCAUUCAGUGCAUUUACACUCUGGUGGGCGUUGGUCUUGUCAUAAUUGAUAGAUCGCAAAAUGACAGCAUUGUCAAGAUACCCUACUGA